AUGGGUACCUCUCAGAAAACCACCACCCUUUCCGGGCCGCGCCUGCGCGGAGCCAUCGCCAUCACCUGUGGAGCAGCCUUCCUCCUCUUCGGAUACGACCAAGGGGUCUUUGGAGCCGUUGUGAGCCUUCCGUCGUUCCGCCAGCAAUUUGACGAGCCGAGCCCCAAUCUCGAGGGUAUCAUGGCCGCAAUAUAUGACAUCGGCUGCUUUGUGGGCUGCAUUGUGGCCUUCCUAGGUGCGGAAAAGUUCGGUCGCAAAGGCAGUCUGAUGUGGGGAACAUGGAUCAUGGUUGUGGGUACAAUCCUUCAGGCUGCGGCCUUCGAAGAGAUCCAGAUGAUCAUCUCUCGUAUCAUCAGUGGUAUUGGGAAUGGCAUUAAUACGUGCGCGGUGCCUAUGUGGCAAGCGGAAUGCUUUCAGGCCCACAACAGAGGCGCGAUGCUCGUAAUUCAAAGUGCCCUCAUUGCCCUUGGUCAUCCCCUCAGCACAUUCAUGGGGCUUGCCUCAAGCCAGAGUGAGCCUUCCGAAUUCUCCUGGCGUUGGCCAAUCGCCUUCCAGGGUGUGUUUUGCAUCCUUAUCCUCGUGGCACUACCUUUCCUCCCUGAGUCACCUCGUUGGCUAGUUGCUCAUGACCGAGCCGAUGAAGCGCAAGAAGUGUUCGCCAGACUCGCCGGGAGGAGUGGUCUGCCGCCACAGCAUCCACACGUUGUUGCUCAGCUUAACGACAUCAAGGCAAAUGUCGCCGAAGAACGCCGCAUCGGAGAGGCGUCAUGGACAGAAGUGUUCACUGAGGGUAAGCUCCGUAAUUUGAGCCGUGUCCUGCUCGGAGCUGGGCCUUACAUGUUCAAUCAGUGGUCAGGAAUCAACUCUCUCGCCUACUUCCUGCCCAUUACGUUUGAGAGAAACAUUGGUCUAUCCCGCCAGCUCAGUCUAAUACUUGCUGGCGUUCUUGGCCUCCAGUACUUCCUGGUAUCCUGGCUGCCUUACUUCUUCAUGGACCGAGUCGGCCGCCGCACCCUACUGAUAUGGUCCUCGGCCGCCUGCUCCUUAUGCAUGGUCAUCAUUGCAGUAAUGCUCCGCAUCAACACGACUGCGUCUCAAUGGGUUUUCGUCGCUUUCUGCUUCCUCUUCUUCGACGUCUUCUCUUGGGGCAUCCUGCCAGUCUCGUGGAUGUAUGCCUCUGAGAUCAUGCCCUUGCGCACUCGCAACAAGGGAGUUGCUCUAGGAGUGAGCACGCACUGGCUUUCGAACUUUGUGGUCGUCUACGUUACUCCUCAGGCUAUCGAGAAUCUUGGGUAUCGGUUGUACAUUAUCUGGGCAGCACUGAACGCAAGCUUUGUCCCGAUCACAUGGUUCUUUUAUCCAGAGACUGCGCGACGAUCUCUGGAAGAAGUCGACGAAAUCUUCUUGAACGAGAAGUUCGGCAUCACUCAUACUCGCAAGCCUGCGCCUAAGAGGCGACAGGAGUCUUUCUCUAGCCCAGAGUACAAUGGCGACCAUGUUGAUGAGAAAACAAAGGUUGCGAACGAAGAAGAUGAAUAUGCUUCGGCUCGAUGA